CAGGAGGCCAUGCCCGAGCUGGUGGUGACGGCGCUGCUGGCGCCGUCGCGCGCCUCGCUGCGGCUGCUGCGCGCCCUGGUGCGGGGCCUCGUGCUGGCCGCCGCGCUGCUGGCCGCCGCCGUCUACGGGUGCGGGGCGCUCGCGCGCGCGCUCUGCCGCCCGAGCCGGGGCUGCUGCGGACGCCCGCGGCCCUCGGCGCCCGCCUGCCUGCGAGACCCGGAGCUGGGCGAGCACGCCUUCCUCCGCCUGGCCAGCUCAGGCCUGCGUCUGCACUAUGUUUCUGCUGGACGAGGCAACGGGCCCCUCAUGCUGUUUCUUCAUGGCUUUCCCGAGAACUGGUUCUCCUGGCGUUACCAGCUGCGGGAGUUCCAGAGCCGCUUCCACGUGGUGGCCGUGGACCUUCGAGGCUACGGCCCCUCCGAUGCGCCCACGGACGUGGACUGCUAUACCACUGACCUGCUGGUGGCUGACGUCCGGGAUAUCAUCCUGGGCCUUGGUUACUCCAACUGCAUCCUUGUAAGCCAUGACUGGGGGGCUCUCAUCGCCUGGAAUCUCUCCAUCUACUUCCCAUCCCUAGUGGAGCGGAUGGUUGUGAUCAGUGGAGCGCCUAUGUCAGUGUACCAAGAAUAUUCAAUCCACCACGUCGGUCAGUUGUUCCAGUCAAACUACAUGUUCCUCUUCCAGCUUCCCUGGCUGCCGGAGAAGCUGCUGUCCAUGUCUGACUUCCAAAUCCUCAAGUCCACCCUGUCCAACCGCAAGACUGGCAUCCCACACCUGACCCCCAGUGAGCUAGAGGCCUUCCUCUAUCACUUCUCUCAGCCUGGUGGCCUCAGGGGGCCCAUCAACUACUACCGGAACAUCUUCAGGAACUUCCCUCUGGAGCCCCAGGAGCUGGCCACACCCACGCUGCUGCUGUGGGGGGAGAAAGACCCCUACCUGCAACACGGACUGGUGGGGGCCAUCAGCAGCCGAUUUGUCCCCGACCGGCUGGAGGCCCACAUCCUGCCCGGUGCUGGCCACUGGAUCCCACAGAGCCAUCCGCGGGAGCUGCACCGGUACAUGUGGACCUUCCUGCGAGACCUGCUGGACUAG